AUGCAACGCGGAAACCACUUCCUUUCGAUUUGUGCCGGCAUUUUUGGAGCUGUGCUUUUGGUGCAGCUAGUACGUCAUGAUGCAGGAUCUCGAAUUGAAGCACGUCUUCGAGGUCAACAACAACGCGUACUUUACAACAAUUACCUAUGGCAAAGAGACGAUGACGAUGAUUACUUUAGUAAUACCAACAAUACUGGAUACUUUUCCUACAACCAAAACUACAAAGCGCAAGGAAAUGGAAACUAUUUGGGAGGAGGUAGCUACGUCAACGGAUACAACGGCAGCAGUUAUAGCAACAAUGAUGACGGGAAUGAUGACGAUGGCCAAAUCAGUCAAAACGAUGAUUCGAUUAAAAAAUCAUCAUCAGCAUCUUCAGGAGCGUUUGGUGGACUGAGUCCAGCGAAAUCAGCCUUUCUUGGGAUCUUUAUCGGUCUGCUUCUGAUUUCCGUAAUUGCCUGUUGCUUGUAUGGUCCAACAAUGUGGGCCCUGUUUACGGAUUGGCUUUUCAAUCGAAAAAAUACGCGAGUGGAGCAUGACUUUGAUAACUUGGCAUAG